AUGGCCGCUGCCACUGCCGAUAACCUUGCUGUCCUAGGUUUUAGCGACAUUUUGAAUCAGAAUGUUGCCGAAGUGAUUCCCUGCUCACCUUUACAAGAGGGAAUACUCCCCAGCCCGUCUUCGUAUGCCGUGUAUAUAUUGGAGACUGCCUGGAGAGCAGCCGCGUUAGAGCAUCCGAUUUACGCAACCAUCUUUGCUUUAGAUGACACCAGUGAAGGCUUCUUGCAAGUCGUUCUUCGCAAUCCAACCUUCUCCAUCCAGCAAAUCACGACCAAAGAUGGAAAUAUGACCGCCGCUCAUAUCCCGGCAAUGCGUCCCCGUCCAAAGUGGACCAAGGCCAGUCCGAGGCACAUGCUGACCAUUUGCACGAACGUGGCUACCGGGCAGGUGGCUUGUCGGUUUGACAUAUGCCACACGCUGUAUGACGUUUAUUCGCUGCGCAUCCUUCUCAAAGAUAUUGUACCAAUGUACCAUGCCCGGGAUGUCACGAAACUAGCGCCGUUCGCUGAUGUGGUGCGCUACAUCAAGAGCAGGACAAAAGAAGAGACUAGCGGCUUUUGGUCCUGA